GGAGCUGAGAGAGCAACGAAUUAUAUACAUUUCCAUGCAUACACGGACGGAGGUGUUGAUUACAACUUCCUAACAUACGCCCCAGACCUGGGUGAUUACAACAUGGACAACGCUAUCACUAGAGCCUGUCAAACAGGAUUUUGGUUAUUGUAUGACAAUAUCGGCUACAAUACAGCCUCUACAUGCCUCAGCAUCGACAUCGAUACCUGUUCUGAUUUGGGAUCGUGCUCUAAGCCAUCUUCUCUCCGGUUCGCUGGGAGUCCAUACGUGUUUAACGAACCCUAUUUCAAUCUUUAUCACGGCGAAGCUUACACAGGCGAAGAAUUUGCAGGCAACCGAACAACGUCGUCGAUCGGUGACAUGGUCGCGUAUUCAAUUAUCAUCACUGGCGUCGAUAGCUGGACUCUAUUUGAGGGAUCCGACUUCACGGGUUUUAGAGUCUGCGCCGUUCCCGACCAAGUCUACGUAGGAGCAGAUGGCACAGUAAUAAACUACGGCGAAUUUUUUAUGUUGUAUGAACUAAACCUCCGUUACAUCAACUCCCUGAAGCAAGGCUGUCACAGUGACACUGUCGUCAGCGCCAAGGCCGUGAAAGACAAGAGAGAGAAGGAAGCAAUCGGUGGCAAAUAAUAUAUUGCAUUUAAAGUCCCUACUUUGAGAACUGAGAAGCAGACGUUAUUUUUCUCAUAAAAUUCAAUUUGAAGGAUUUUAUGAUUUUGAAAAUUUUCGCUUAGGGAGUUUUACGUAAUUGCUCUUAUCCGUUCUCGGAGAAAAAAAAAUUCAGCCGCUUUUUUCAUGCUAUUUUCAUUGAAAUUCAACAUGCAGAGAUUUUAUCUGUAAUUUAUGCUGUUCUGACAAUCAUUCGUCGGGAAAAUUUUUUGUGGGCGUCAUUUAGUGUCUAACAUAGUGGGCGUCAUUUAGUGUCUAUUUGGCUGCGUUUUUCUUUUGGCGUGCGUUUUAGAAAUAUUUUUUUGCCUCAGGUUUUCUGCUGUUAGUCUAACAAAGUCCAAGAAGCUUCUGUUUGAAACAAACGACAUCAAAAUGUUUCCAGUUUGUUUAGUUUGAGCGUAUAACAAUCAAUAAUUAUUAAAAAUUCUUUUAACAGAAACUAUAUUUAAUUUUUUUAAAUGUGUAUUUUUGCUUCCCGAUGCGUCUUGUAGCCUAUGCAUCUUUACGAUAACUUAAA